UAAAAGCUUGUGCCUCUAUGAAGGCUUUUCGACAGGGGAGGCAAGUUCAUGGAUUGGUAGUUGUUUUAGGCCGUGAUUUGGUGAUCUUGAGCACGGCCCUUAUUGACUUUUAUGCAGAUGUGGGGCAUAUUAGUGAAGCCAUGAAAGUGUUUUCUAGCUUGAAGGGUGGAAUAGAUAGUGUAAUGUGUAAUUCUUUGUUGGUUGGGUGUAUUAAAAAUCAGAAGUAUGAAGAGGCAUUUUCAAUCAUGAGCAGAAUGAGACCCAAUGUAGUUGCACUUACUGGUGCUCUUUCAGCUUGCUCUGAGAAUUCAAAUUUGUGGAUUGGAAAACAAAUCCACUGUGUGGCAUUACGUUUUGGGUUUAUAGACACCCAGUUGUGUAAUGUUCUGCUAGACAUGUAUGCAAAGUGUGGGAAGCUUAGGAAUGUGCAGUCAUUGUUUGAUUGGAUUCUGCAUAAAGAUGUGGUUUCCUGGACAACUAUGAUACAGGCAUACGGAAAUCAUGGUUAUGGGCUGGAAGCUCUUGAGCUGUUCAAGAAGAUGGGAGAGGAAGGAAGCAGGGUCUUGCCAAAUUCUGUGACAUUUCUUGCUGUUCUAUCUGCUUGUGGCCAUUCAGGCCUGGUUGAUGAAGGCCGAGAGUGUUUCAAUUUAAUGAGGGAAAAGUAUGGUUUUGAUCCAGGUCAAGAGCAUUAUGCAUGCUUCAUUGAUGCCUUAGGCCGGGCUGGUAAGAUGGAUGAGGCAUGGUGUCUGUUAGAUAAUAUGGUUAAGAAUGGUACCAGGCCUACAGCCGCAGUAUGGAUAACGUUGCUGAAUGCAUGCAGUCUGAAUCAAGAUGUCGCAAGGGGAGAGUUUGCAGCAAAGCAUCUAUUGGAAUUAGAACCUGAUAAUCCUGGGAAUUAUGUGCUGCUUUCAAAUUUCAAUGCUGCUGUGGGUAACUGGGACUCUGUUGACAAGUUGAGAGAUACAAUGAAGAAGAGGGGGCUGGUGAAAGAAGCAGGAAGUAGCCAUGUCUCCCUUGCAGGCUGCCAGGAAGCUGCUGCCAAAUAGUUGACCAUGGAAGCAAUAUUACAUUUGUAUAGCUGCCACAUAGCAGGAGCAGCGAACAGAUCAAAGCCCCGGUGACCUCUUCAGAGAAAGUUGAACUGGUGGCAGUAUUUUAAAAUUGAAAUAGGAGAACGACCAUUUCCAUUCAGGUAAUUUAGUAAUUACGCUUUGAAUUGUUCUCU